AUGGGGAGGUAUGUGAAUGAUGCUCCAAGUGGUGACCCUGAAAACAAUACAGAAAUGUUGCAAAUAUAUGUGGAUGAUCGUCAUCACUUGGUUCUCUUUGCAAAACGAUAUAUAUAUGCAGGAGAAGAAAUCAGAUAUGAUUAUGGUGUUAAAGGCUUACCUUGGAGAUGUAAAAAGAUGAGUGGACUUAAGCUUAUUUUAACCAAAUUAGCAUGGAAUGUGUAUCUAGGGAUGGAUACUUCUAGAUUUGCUCCAGAUUCUGUGUCUGUCCUACAGUUUCCAAAUGAGAAACCAGUAUCAAAUUUGAGUUUCAUGAUGAUCAUGAUUGAACCUAUGGCUCAGGUGCCAAAAGAACAUAUAAAACCAACAAAAAAGAUAACUAAAGCUGAGCAGGUGAAGGAUUGUUCUGUCAGAUUGACAAGAAUUCCAGUGAAACAGCUGGCUAAACUUGACAGAAAAAUUGAGUCAGUGUUUGUAGUUGAAAUUGGUAUUGCUACACCUUUGGAGAAAGCAGUUCAAGACUGUGCAGUUGAAUCAGUGAUUGAAAUGGAUGAAGAACCAGUUUUAACAGAAACAGCUCAAGAAACAAUUGUUGGUGUUGAAAUAAAUGAAGGAGCACUUUUAACAGAAGCAGUCCAAGAAUCAUCAGGCAUACUUGACCAGGAUGGAGUAGACAAUCAAAUAUUAAGCAAAGAGUCAGGAGUACAAUUGAGUAGACAGGAAGAUGAAACUAGAAAUAUGGUGGCUGUGAUGGGACAUUUUCACCAAUGUACACCACAACAGUUUAAACAUGCAGCUGCUGGCAGUCAGUGCACUAGCAUCUGCGUUACAGCUAUUGUAGCAGCAGCCCUGAGAGCUGUAAAUGACUGGAACUCUGAUUUCAUAGACGAAGUUCUUGUUGGAGGUGAUCAACUUCAUUUAGAUAUUCUUCAGAAGAAAGGCUGGCCAUUCAACAGAUAUGAAUCAAGGCUUGAUAUUGAUGAGAUACCGGAUACAAUUCAAUGUCGAAUUGGCAUGACUGGUAUAAAAGCAAGUGUUGGAGUUCUUGAAGAAGGUUCAUUUGGAUAUUCUUCAUAUAUUGACACUUUGGUAACAUCUGCUUUGGUUAACAAACCAAACCAAAGUUUUAUUCUCAGAAUGUUUGGCUCAAGCAUAGCAAUCUUAUGCACUGGGCAUCAAAAGUAUUCUAUUUUCGACCCACAUGCACGAAACCAAAAUGGCUUCAUUGAUGCAAACGGACUUGCAGGUCUUUUUCAUUUUAGAGAUUCCUCAGAGAUGGUAGCUUAUCUUAAGCAUAUCUCUGCAGGCAGGAAUGAACAAAUUGAUAUUUACCCAAUAUUAGUAAAUAUAUUAUGGAAAAGUUUGAUGAAUUAUGCUGAAGACUCCACUGUUCCUGAGGUCACAUGUUCUACACCAACAGAUAUGCAUGAUGAGAGACAGGAAACCUCAGAAGAUUUAUUGAACAUUCCACCUGCCAAAGAUUACUCACCAGGUGAAAGUGACCAUGAUUCUGAAAUUCCUGCUCCAGUGACACCUUUGCAGAAAGAACCAGCUAAAAACAAUUCUGCUAAAAGUGCCAAACCCAGAAGACCUUGUCCUUUCUGUGGUGAGAUGAAAGGCCGAUUAACUGAUCAUCUGAAAGCUAAGCAUAAAAAUGAAGAACAAGUUAAAAAUGCAUUACAAUUACCUAAACACUUGAGGAAUAAAGCAUUUGAUGAAAUGAAAAAAGAGGGUAUUUUCAAGGCUAACAGUGAAAUGAUAAAAAGUGGGGAUCUUGAGGUAUCAAAACUUAUUAGAGAAAGAAAUCAAGGUAAUCCAUCCUCAUUGAAAAUGUGCUCAGUGUGUAAAGGAUUUUUCAACGCUAAAGUCAUAUAUAAGCACAAAAGAACUUGUGUGGCAGCUGAAGGUUCAGCAGUUUCACCAUUAUCACUCUCUAUGAGAUGCUUGACUGAAGAUGAUAAAUAUCCUAAAGAAUAUACACAAGAGAUUUUGGAGAGCUUUAGAGAUACUGACUAUGGGGCAUUAAUACGAAAGGAUGAUUGGAUAAAAAGAUAUGGUUUCCAUUUGUAUCAAAAUAUUAAAGGGAGCAUUAAGAAAGUGGAGAAAAGAUUAUCUUUGAAUUCAAAGUUGAGAAGGCUGGCUCAUCUUUUCUUGGCAUUUAAAAAGAUUUUUGAAGAGAAAAGAAAGAGACAAGUUAAAAGCUGCAGUGAGAUGUUCAGUAGAAACCAUAUUGUUGAGCUACAAGAAGCAAUACUGAAGAUGACUGUGGAUGAAAAUGCAAAAAAAGUAAAAAAUUCAUUGAAAGUGAAUCUUAAAUAUCUUUUAAAUGAUGUCUGUGAGGUGAUGCAGGCAAGUUAUCUAAUUGAAGGGGAAGAUGAUUUGGCAGCAGAAUUGGGAAAAUUUGUUGUGAUUUCUCGUCAACUUUGGCCUUCAUUUUUCAAAAAUGCAGAGGAAUCAGUUGCAACACAACGUCAGGCUGAAUUAAGAGCACCUAUUAACCUUCCUGUUAGACAUGAUCUUUUUAAGCUCAGGGAUUACACAAAGCAGUUAAUUAAAAAAUUGACUGGUGAUGGAUAUUCUUUGUAUGAGAAUGCGGAGUUUUGCAAACUGAGGGAUGCACUUGUUUGCAGACUUACUAUAUUUAAUGCACGGAGAGGAGGAGAACCAAGCAGGAUGCUGUUAUCAGAGUUAUCUGAUGCCAUGAAUGACAAAUGGAUUGACCAGUACAAGAAAGAAAAUUUGCAGUUUGAAACUGAAAGACAGCUUUUUGGUGAAACAAAAAUUGCAUACAUUCAUGCCUCAAAAGUUGCAAGACUUGUACCUGUUAUAAUCCCUAAAGAUUGCUGGAAGGCUUUAAAUAUCAUAACAGAUGAUGAAGUUAGAAAAACAGCAGGAGUCAAUCAAAGGAAUGAGUUUGUUUUUCCAAAUACAAAAACCUCUAUGAGUCAUGUGAUAGGAUGGGAUUGCGUGCACAGAAUGUGUCAAGAGGCAGGACUUCAACGCAGCCUUAAUGCCACUGGGAUGCGUCACUUUAUUGCAACAGAGUAUGCUGCAUUGGAUGUUGCCCCAAGAGAUCGAGAGAUAUUCUACAAACAUAUGGGACACUCCGAAAAAAUUAAUGAAAAUAUUUAUCAAUGCCCCCCAGCACUGAGGGAAAUUACACAUGUUGGACGGGUUCUUCAACAAGUGGAUAUGAUGGAGGAUUGUGAAGGUACCUUAAAUUUGCAGGAUCAAAAUAUCACUGAUGUUGAUCUUGAUGCUCUAGAAGAAUUUAUAGGCCUAGUAGCAGAGGACAUUCCAUUUUGUCAGUUGCUGGAUUUUUCAAAGCAGAUACAGGAGGAGGAUGUAGCUGUAAGGCCAGAAACUUUGAUGCAAAGCAAAAGUCUACUUUUGAAUAAGAAAUUGCAAGAUUGUGCCAAACAAUUCUUUACAGAAGAUGCCUGGCUUGCUGUUAAGACAACACUGCAAAUGCUUGGAGGUAGAUUCCUUAGAAUGCUUAAUUUAUAUUAG